AGCGAUAGGGGCGGGCGGGGGGGGGGCGGAGAGCGGAGACCCGCGUCCCUACAGAGCGCUGUGGGGUGAGGGAGCCGCUCCCCUUCAUCUGUGCUCAGCUCCGCACACCCACAUCCGCACUCCCCCUGAGGGAGCCGAGCGGAGCAGAGCAGGUGAAGGCCGUUUCCCGGUGUGUGGGAGGGGAGGGCCGAGCCUCCGCCGCAUCGUGUGGUGAGGGAGCGGCGGGGCCGCGCGAUGUGCCGGGCAUUGCCGUGACCGAGUCGGGUUUGGUGGUUGAGACCCGUGUGUGUGGUGCCAUAAGGUGCCAUAAAGGCGCAUUGAGGCCAUGGCUGGGCCCCCCCCUCAGUCCGGCCCUUCUCCAGCUGCCGCCGCCGCCGUCCCGCCCGGUGCGGACGCGUCGUUUGGUGAGCAGAGCCUCGGCUUCAGCUCGGCGGAUCUGAGCCUGGUGGAGAUGACGGACAUAGAGUACAGCCAGCUGCAGCACGACGAAGGCUGCUCUUCAUGCGGCCCAACCGGCCCGGCCGCAUUUCCCGGCCUAUGCCAGGCGGCAGCGACCGCCGAUGGUGGCGUGGUGCCGGUAUCCAACCCCUGCGUGGGCCACGCGGACUUCCAGGAGCUCAGGAUGAUGUUGCUCAGUGAGGUGAACCCUCCCCCUGGCGGCCAAGCAGAUAAAACACCCAAGGGUAGCACUGCGGAUGUGUCGGGGCACGGCUUGGUGAGGGCGAAACACGGUGAGAGCUUUGCAGGGUCGAGCAAAGGGAGCGUAGUGGUUGAGCAUGUGGCGAUGGCACCCGAACCCAGAUCGAAAUCUGCAGUUAGAGUUCGAUUGGAGGACAGAUUCAACAGCAUCCCGACUGAAAACCCCAGAUGCCAAGAACCCCAAGAAUCUGGAGUGACCCUGAACAACUUAGUCACAUUGAUUCGGCAGCCGUCGGAGCUGGUUGGGGUCCCCCUUCAUCAGAGUCAGAACAAGUGUGCGGCGGUGGUGAAAAACAGGAGCGCCCCCACCACACCAUCUCCACAGUUCACACAUCCACUGUUCACCAUGAGCGCGUGUUCUGCUGCUGGAACUGCUAAUUCCUCACAGGCCCAGGCCUCUGGAACAUCUUGCACUAUUUUGGAAUCUGCCAAACAUCAAGAGAUUGGGAUUCCCAGAACAUUCUCUUUCUGUUACCAUCAGGAAAUGGAAUCCACAAAACAGACAGUAGGUGCCAUGAAUAAAGCUUUGCCUGAGGAAGUUUGGAUUAAAGUUGGAGAAGACACCCUAUGCAAGCAAGCGAUAAACAAAAGAAGUUGCAGCCGAAUAAGCCCAAUGGAUGCAAACAUAGAUCGCAAACCUCUUAGUGAAAUACAAAAUAUGCGAGAUAGCCAGAGUACUGCAUCUGCCCAGGGCCCCUGGCAGUCAGCACAGUCACAUUCAAGUGUGCAGGUACAGAGUGGUACACAGGAAGGAGUUACUCAGCGAAGAGAAAGACAUAACCGCAUGGAGAGAGACAGAAGGCGCAGAAUCCGGAUUUGUUGCGAUGAACUGAAUCUUCUGGUUCCGUUCUGCACUGCUGAUACUGAUAAAGCCACAACCUUACAGUGGACAACUGCAUUUCUGAAGUACAUCCAGGAGAAGCACGGCGAUUCUCUGAAACAGGAAUUCGAGACUGUGUUCUGUGGCAAAACAGGCAGGAGACUGAAAGUGCCCAGGUCGGAUUCGUUUGUAACGUGUCCAGUUCAGGAGAACGUGCAACAUGGCUAUGGAGACCAAGUAGCCUUGAAUUGUCUGAGUGUGGAUAAAUAAGGAAUGACCCAAACUGUAUUUUUCUCUGUUUACAUGCAGGGCAUUGGCUUAUUGUGAUUAAUUUAUUUGAUAAGCCCUGGGAGUGACUUGCAGAACUAUAGCUUGUAAAAACACAUAAAUAGAGCUUUAAAGAAAACAUUCAUCGUUCAAAUGGAAAUGUAAAUUGACUGCCAGCAGUAUAAAUCACUGUUCUGUUAGUGGAGCUUUGGGACUAGAGGAAACAAGAAAAUGCCUUGGCAGCUAUUAAUUAUUCUUCUCCUUUUGCUCUUUUUCUGUUUGUGGUUCUGCAUUGGAUUUUUUUUCCCUUCCUUUUUCCUUCAAGGUGAUACAGUACAGUUAAGAAUUGUUGUAAAACAUCACCCUAUCCUGUUGUUUUAAUAACUACAUGCAACUAUAUCCUUUAAGUGUAAAAAGAACUGCAACGUACUAUAUUAAAAUGCCCAUUUUUCCUCAUUAAUAGUUAAAAAGUUACAUGGGUUAAUUGAAUAAGUGCAUAGUUUCUAAAUUGUACUCUUAUGGAGUUUCUUUGCUGCACUUUAACAUAUUUGGCCCCAAAGAUUAAUACAAAGCUAUUAGCAUUGGUUUUA